UUAAAUAAUUUUUGACAUAAUAUUCUUCGAAUCAAAUAAAAAUACUAAUAAACAAUCUAAAUAGUUGCAUGUAUUUGACUUACUGACCGACCCACGGACUAGCCCAAUCCACAUUACUCAAGCUUCACGGGCUACGGGUUUAUCCGGGACGAGCUAAAAAGCCUUGUUCUUAAAUGAGCUACAAAAACUCAAGCCUAACUCAAUCAAAUUACAAAUCGGAUCAGACCGACCCAACGAGCUUGACCUAUAUUGUCAGCUCUAGGGAUUAUGAUGAAAUUACUUACCACUUCAUCACAAUUUCUUUUGUUGCUUAUGUGUAAUCAAAAGAUUGAGAUGGGCCUUUUUGCUACAUUUGCGAAACUACAAGGGCUUAUUUGCACUUGUGCUGUUAAUUCUUCCACCCCACCCCUACGCAAACCCAUCGUCGUCAAAUAUGAAUUGGCUUCAUUGACAUUGCCGCCGGUAGCAGCAAAUCGGAUCUCCGGCGACGUCCUUGUCGGUAACAAUGGAUCAAUCUUUCCUUCUUAUGCUAACAAAUCUUCUUCACCUCCAUAACCACCUUGACCCAACCACCUCUCUUCUCUCCGAUUCCUCCUCCUCCUACUCUUCCUCCCUCGCUUCACCCACUUCCCCUGCUUCCCUCCUCACUUCCACCUCCGCCGCCCCUCUUCUCUUCUUCACCAUCGCUUCCGUUCUCUCUUACCUCGCUACUCACCCACACAAGAAAAAACCUAAAACUUCCACUUCUUCACCUCACAAUAAUAACCCUUCUUCUCCUUCUCCUCCCGCCGCCGCCGCAGAAUUCUCCGUAUCCGCCUUUCGUGCGCUUUCCACUGAACGUAUUUGGGCCAUGGAAGCUCCUCUCCGUGAUGCUCAAUGGAGGUCCCUUUACGGACUUUCGUAUCCCGUUUUCACUACUGUUGUUGAUAAGCUGAAACCAUAUAUUACUCAGUCGCAAUUGUCAUUGCCUUCUGAUUAUGCUGUUGCUAUGGUACUUUCUAGACUCUUCCAUGGGUUUUCUGCUAAAACCCUAGCUACCCGUUAUGGCCUUGAACCGUAUCUGAUCUCGAAGAUUACUAAUAUGGUUACUCGCCUCUUGGCUACUAAGCUGUAUCCGGAGUUUAUCAAGAUUCCCGUGAGUCGACGGCGUCUUGUGGAGACUACUCAAGGGUUUCAAGAGCUGACUUCGCUUCCUAAUAUAUGUGGAGCAAUUGAUGGAACGGCUGUGAACUUGCAGCAUCUUCCGUCGGAUACUGUUAACUCGAGUAUGUAUUAUAGCCGAUAUGGGUUCCCAUCGAUAUUGCUUCAGGUUGUUGCUGAUCACAAGAAGAUAUUUUGGGAUGUUUGUGUGAAAGCCCCGGGUGGAUUUGACGAUGCUACGCAUUUUAGAGAUAGUUUGUUGUAUAAUAGGUUGAUUUCGGGUGAUAUUGUUUGGGAUAAAGGGGUUAAUGUUAGAGGAGAACAUGUGAGGCCAUACAUUGUUGGGGACUGGUGUUUUCCGUUGUUGUCAUUUUUGCUCACUCCAUUUUCGGGGAAUAGGACUGGCUCACCUGCUGAGAAUGCGUAUGAUGAGGCUUUGUUAAAGGCGAGGAAGAUGGUUGAGGAAGCUAUAGGUUUGUUGAAAGGAAGGUGGAAAAUUCUUCAGAAUUUGAAUGUGGGACUAAGUCAUGCACCCCAAACGAUUGUUGCUUGUUGUGUGUUGCAUAACUUGUGUCAGAUUGCGAGGGAACCGGAGCCAGAGCUUUGGAGGGAGCCAGAAGAGAAUGGUUCCUCUCCAAGGAUCUUAGAGAAUGAGAAGUCUUUCUAUUAUUAUGGUGGAAGCGCGAGGCAGGCCUUGGCUGAUGAUCUAUAUCAUCGACUCUCUUCAAGAUGAGAGAAGUUUCCAGAAGGAUGCUUGCGUUGAUCAUCCCGAGUCAUCGACCAUACAGUAUUGAGAGAUAAAAUCACACAUUGGUUCCUCAUCAUGCGAAUCUGGAGUAGUUCCUCUUCUUUUUUUACCGUUAAAGUGAUAAUGAGACUACUGCCUCCAAAGGAGCCCACACAUCAGUCAUCCUUAGAAUCUUUAAAUGGAUGAGAAAGUGCUCUCAGCCAAGUCGACAGCAUUUGGUACAUGCCAAUGAAGACACUGGAAUUAGGAAAUUUAGUGCAAGUGAGCUUUUAUAUUGUUUUGGCUCCCACUAGUUGUGGAUAAUUCCAUGGUUUAAUGCUAUUGCAUAUCUGAUAUUUACUGAAACAUUGGAGAAAGUAAAACUACGGCCAAUGUGCUUUUCUCGUUUGUAUGAUCAAUAUGUUCAAGGGAAGCCAUUUGUUUCCCCAUUAUCAUUGUGAUUUCGAUUA